CAUCCCCGCGCCUCCACCAGCUGCAUCGGAAGGAUUCAUCUCCCCGGUCCUCCCUCCUGUCCGGACUUGUCACUCACAUCCGGGGCCGCUCGCCGCCGGCCAGGCCUACCGGUCCUGCCUCCUCCACGGAGGUGCGCUGCUCCUCCCGCGCUCUCCACUCGGGCGCCGGGGCCUCUAAGUCGCCGCUGCUGAGCGCGGUCGGCAUUGAUUGCAACCCGCGGCGGCGGCGGCGACCGGUUCCCCCGAGAGGCUGGUUGGUGCGCGCGCGCGCGCGCGCCGAGCUCGGUGCGCCUCGUCAGGGGACGCACGGACGGUCGGUCAGCCUCUCCAGAGGGCGAGAUCCGUGCACUGGCGCGCCGACCUCCGCUGGAGACGGCCAGCAAUGCCAACCGCCCGCCUGUCCUCCAUCUUCACCUCCUCCUUCAAGGCUCCUUCACGAGAGCGCCGAGCUCCCCUCGCCGCCUUGGCUGCCGCCACGGAGCGCGUCCGCGCCGGAACGCUAAGUCGGCAGGAUGCGCACCACCUGUUCGACGAAUUGCUGAGCCAAGCCGCGACAGUCCCAGUACGCACGCUCAACAAUUUUCUUGCCGCCCUCGCCCGUGCACCACCCUCAGCUGCCUGUGGCAAUGGCCCGGCCCUUGCCGUCACCCUCUUCAACGGCAUGUCCCGAGGCGCUGGUGCACGGGUGGUGUCGCCCACGUGCUGUACCUAUUCCAUCCUCAUGGACUGCUGCUGCCGUGCAGGCCGCCCGGACCUGGUGGUUGCCUUCUUCGGCCGCCUCCUUAGGUUGGGGCUGCGCUUGAAUGUCAUCUCCUUGAGCAAUCUCCUCAAGGGGCUCUGCCAGGCCAAGCGUACAAAUGAGGCGGUGGACUUGCUGCUCCACCGGACACCUGAACUGGACUGUGUGCCUGAUGUCUUCUCGUACAGCAUAGUAAUCAACGGCUGUUUAAAAGAAGGUGAAGUAGACAAAGCGUGCAAUCUCUUCCAUGAGAUGCCCCAACUGGGAGUUCAACCUGAUGUGGUGACCUACACCUCAAUUAUCGACGCACUAAGCAAAUCCGGAGCCAUGGUAAAGGCAGAAGUGGUCCUUCGGCGAAUGGUUGGCCAAGGCAUUGGACCAAACGUCAUGACAUAUACUAGCCUGAUCCAUGGAUAUUCCGCUUCGGGUCAGUGGAAGGCGGCAGUUAGAGUAUUCAAGGAAAUGGUAAGUGUUGGUGUUCUACCAAAUGCUGUCACUUUGAACUCAUUUAUGGAUUCACUUUGCAAGCAUAGAAGGACAAAGGAAGCUAGAGUUAUUUUUGACUCCAUGGCUGCAAAGGGCCAGAAACCUGAUAUUGUCUCCUACUCUAUUAUGCUUAACGGGUAUGUGAAAGAAGGAUGCUUUGAUGAUAUGACCGGUCUCUUCAAUUCGAUGCUACAGAACGGUGUUGUACCUAACCACCAUAUUUUCAACAUACUGAUCAAUGCAUAUGCUAAACGUGGACUGAUGGAUGAGGCUAUGCACAUGUUUGAAGUAAUGAGGCAACAAGGAGUGAACCCGGAUGUAUUUGGCUAUCAAAUCAUAAUGGAUUCAUUUUGUAAAAUGGGUAGGAUGGAUGCUGCUCUGGACAAAUUUAAUCAGAUGGUCAAUCAAGGAGUUUCACCUAACAAAGCUGUUUACCAAUGCCUGGUUCUGGGUUCUUGCUCUCAUGGUGAUUUUGUGAAAGCCAAGGAAUUGAUUUGUGAAGCAGUUAAUAGAGGUCUCUGUUCUAACAGUGUGUUCUUCUAUCCUGUAAUAAACGACCUGUGCAAAGAAGGAAAGGUGAAGGAGGCACAGGAUAUGUUUGACUUCAUUCUAGGUAUUGGUCAGCGGCCUGAUGUGAUUAUGUACAAUUCACUGAUGGAUGGGUAUUGCCUUGUUGGCAAGGUGGAGGAAGCACUGAGAGUACUUGAUGCUAUGAAGUCUGCUGGCCUCCAACCUACUGCUGUUACGUAUGCUAUACUUCUUAAUGGCUACUGUAAAAUUGGCAAGAUCGCCGAUGGAUUGAGUCUUUUCAGGGAAAUGUCACUCAGCGGGGUUAAGCCCACGACUAUUAUGUACAACAUUAUACUUGAUGGGCUGUUUCGCUCCGGGAGAACAGUUUCUGCAAAGGAAAAAUUCAAUACGAUGGUUGAAAGUGGCUUACCAGUGGACGUUCGCACAUACAACAUAGUUCUUCAUGGACUUUGUAGAAACAAUUGCACUGGUGAAGCAAUAGAGUUGUUCAAAAAAUUAUGUGCAACGAACGUGAAGAUUAAUGUCAUAACAUUCAAUACCAUGAUUUCUGCAAUGUUUAAAACUAGGAGAAUUGGAGAAGCCAAGGAUUUGUUUGCUACUAUAUCAGCCAUCGGGUUGGUGCCUUCUGUUGUGACUUACAGUGUAAUGAUGACGAAUUUCAUAAAAGAAGGGUUGCUGGCAGAGGCUGAUGAUAUGUUUUUAGCAAUGGAGAAGGCUGGCUGUGCUCCCAACUCCAGACUGCUAAAUCACGUGGUCAGAGCGUUGCUGGAAAAAGGUGCAGUUGUAAAGGCUGCAACUUAUCUCGCUAAACUUGAUGCUAAACAGCUGUCAGUUGAAGCUUCAACAAUUUCGUUAAUAGUAUCUCUCUUCUCAGGGGAAGGGAAACUAAGGGAGCACGUAGAGUUGCUUCCGGUAAAGUACCAGCCUCCUGAGAUGUUGGACUGACAAUUGAUGCAUUAUUACUUGGAACUUCCUACUGAAAAACAAGCUCCUCCUACUCUGCCAGUGCCGCCAGAGACUGAGAUCAAGAAGAGACCGCUGAUGAGGAGGGUGGUGACUAUUGGGCCAUCGAAUGCACCGUGGUACAUGUUUCUGGGAUGAGAAUCCCAACGGCAGUACAACAAACUGAUCCUUCACGCUCUAUAGUCGAUGAAUUGAUGCACACAUUACACGUAUUCUGUAUGGUCAUGAUCAGUCAGCCAGUCAAUACCAGUACGCUUAAAAGUAGCUCCUUUGGUUGAAACACAAUGCAUGCUUGUCUCUGAAACCAAAUAAAUACUGCAUUCUUUUU